AUGGUCAACAUAAAUUCACUUCAACGAGAAUUUUUAAUAAAACUUUGUAUAUUUUAUGGUGAACAAGUUUCAAUUGGAAAUCAAACAAAAAAUGAAGGUGAUGAUGGUGUAAAAAUUUAUGAAUUAAAAAAAUAUUGGGAUGGACUUAUUUUACUUGUUGAAAAUCGAAAUUUAAAUAAAAAUGCUUAUUUUUAUUUUCGUUGUACGUUACCACAAAAUGCAUUUAUGUCAAGAAAAGAUUCAAAUCAUCAAUUAUUUGAUGUUAUUUCAUCGAUACAUAGACAAAUUAUAAUUACAAUUGCAAGAAAAAAUGCUUCACAUUCAUUUACAAUUGGACAUGAUUUUCAAUAUAAUCUUUCUUCACAAGAUUUUAUUAAAACUAAAUAA